GACGCACGCACGCCGGGUGUUCCCGCGCUGUGACUCUAGGCAAGCGCUUCCUGGGAGAGAGUUGAUGACGGCAGCAUUCGGGCUCCAUGGCGGCUCGGCGGCGGUUGCGGGGGAGGAACAGCAGUCGACCUGGAGCUUCUGUAGCAUUAAAUGAAACCGAAAGAGUUAAUAAUGGCCACACAGCUACAAAAGACCCUCCCCCUGCCAAGAAAUCUCGAAGAUGCCCGAGGCAGGGGGUGAAAAAGGAGCCUGUGGCUGGAGGAAAGACUGAUAAGGAAAAGGCAGAAGACAAGCAAGAGUCUGUGAAGACCUUGCUGUUAAAAGGCAAAGUUCCAGUGGACCCAGAGUGCACAGCCAAGGUGGGGAAGGCCCAUGUGUACUGUGAAAGGAAUGAUGUCUAUGAUGCCAUGCUGAAUCAGACCAAUCUUCAGUUCAACAACAACAAGUACUAUGUGAUUCAACUGUUAGAAGAUGAUGCCCAGAGGAACUUCAGUGUUUGGAUGAGAUGGGGCCGAGUUGGGAAAGUGGGGCAGCACAGCUUGGUGGCUUGUUCAGGGGACCUCAACAAGGCCAAGGAAAUCUUUCAGAAGAAAUUCCUUGACAAAACAAAAAACAAUUGGGAGGGUCGUGAGAAGUUUGAGAAGGUGCCUGGCAAAUAUGAUAUGCUGCAGAUGGACUAUUCCACCACUAUUCAGAGUGAAGAGGAAACUAAAAAAGAGGAAUCUCUUAAAUCCCCCUUGAAACCAGAGUCACAGCUAGAUCUUCGUGUCCAGGAGCUGAUAAAGUUGAUCUGUAAUGUCCAGGCCAUGGAAGAGAUGAUGGUAGAAAUGAAAUAUGAUGCCAAGAAAGCCCCACUUGGAAAGCUGACAGUGGCACAAAUCAAGGCAGGUUACCAGUCGCUUAAGAAGAUUGAGGAUUGUAUUCGAGCUGGCCAGCAUGGACGAGCUCUCACAGAAGCAUGCAAUGAAUUCUAUACUAGGAUCCCACAUGACUUUGGACUCCGUACCCCUCCUUUAAUCCGGACAGAGAAAGAACUGUCAGAAAAAGUACAGCUGCUAGAGGCUUUGGGAGAUAUUGAAAUUGCCAUGAAGCUGGUGAAGACAGAGCUGCAAAGCCCAGAACACCCAUUGGACCAACACUAUAGAAAAUUACAUUGUGCCUUGCGCCCUCUAGACCGUGACAGUUAUGAGUUCAAAGUGAUUUCCCAGUACCUACAGUCUACUCAUGCUCCCACACACAGUGACUAUACCAUGACCUUGCUGGAUGUUUUUGAAGUAGAGAAGGAGGGUGAGAAAGAAACCUUCAGAGAGGACCUUCAUAACAGGAUGCUGCUAUGGCAUGGUUCCAGGCUGAGUAAUUGGGUGGGAAUCCUGAGCCAUGGGCUUCGAAUUGCCCCACCUGAAGCUCCCAUCACAGGUUACAUGUUUGGAAAAGGAAUCUACUUUGCUGACAUGUCUUCCAAGAGUGCCAAUUACUGCUUUGCCUCUCACCUAAAGGAUACUGGACUGCUGCUCUUAUCAGAGGUCGCUCUAGGUCAGUGUAAUGAGCUACUAGAGGCCAAUCCUGAGGCCGAAGGGUUACUUCAAGGAAAACACAGCACCAAAGGAUUGGGCAAGAUGGCUCCCAGUCCUGCCUGCUUCACCACCCUGAAUGGAAGUACAGUGCCCUUAGGACCAGCAAGUGAAACAGGAAUUCUGAAUCCAGAGGGUUAUACCCUCAAUUACAAUGAAUUUAUUGUCUACAGCCCCAACCAGGUCCGUAUGCGAUACCUUCUAAAGAUUCGAUUUAAUUUCUUGCAGUUGUGGUGAAUGUUGAUAUUAAAUAAACCAGAGAAGAUAUGAUCCUCAAGCAAGAAAAUAAGCAGUUUUGUACUUUUGAAUUUUCUGAUACUUUAUGUAAUAAAAAUAGUACAAAUCUA